AUAAGUUUGGUUCACGUAGAUUCUGCACAGACUUGAGCUACACUGAAGGUGCUGCUGACGGUUCGUAUCAUGGCAUUGCUUUGCAAAACUGCAGCUGUGUUCCUGAGGCCCUCAAAGUUAGUGCCGUAUGCGUACGCAGUUACACGCCAGUGUAGCUCAGGUGGCCAGUAUCAGUACAUCCUGGUUGAGAGAAAAGGUGAGAACCAGAAUGUGGGGUUCAUCCAGCUGAACCGACCCAAGGCCCUGAAUGCUCUGUGUGACGGGCUGAUGACGGAGGUGGGCCGGGCCCUGGACGCCUUUGAAGCUGACAGUAAGGUCGGAGCCAUUGUCAUUACAGGCAGCGAAAAGGCUUUUGCAGCUGGAGCUGACAUCAAAGAAAUGCAAAACCGCACUUUUCAGGAGUGUUACGGUGGAAAUUUCUUGGCCCACUGGAACAGGGUGUCGACAGUUAAGAAGCCCGUCAUCGCCGCUGUCAAUGGGUUUGCUCUUGGUGGAGGCUGUGAGUUUGCUAUGAUGUGUGACAUCAUUUACGCUGGAGAGAAGGCCCAGUUUGGACAACCAGAGAUUCUGCUGGGGACCAUUCCAGGCGCUGGAGGCACUCAGAGGCUGACGAGAGCUGUGGGGAAGUCUUUGGCCAUGGAGAUGGUGCUGACAGGAGACAGGAUUUCAGCUCAAGAGGCAAAGCAAGCAGGACUGGUGAGUAAAGUCUUGCCUGUGGAUCAGCUGGUCUCAGAAGCAGUCAGGUGUGGGGAGAAGAUUGCUAGUAAUUCUAAACUGGUGACAGCAAUGGCCAAAGAGGCUGUGAAUGCAGCAUUUGAGUUGACCCUGGCUGAGGGGAAUCGCCUUGAGAAGAGGUUGUUCCAUGCCACAUUUGCCACGGAGGACAGAAAAGAGGGAAUGACCGCAUUUGUGGAGAAGAGGAAGGCGGAUUUUCAGGACAAGUAGAGGCAGAGUGGAGCUGUUUCUCAUACAGUGAUUUUUCUUGUUUUGAAUGAAAUGACAGCAUCAAAUCACACGCUGCCUUCGCCUGAUUUUUACUGAGUGCUUGUUUAAAAAAAAAAAAAGGAAAAAAAAGGAAUAAAUAAAAUAAAGAUACAAACGUCAGAGUCUCAGACACUGUUGCUGGAGGGAGAUCCCACAGGACUGACUACUGUUAGUAUUCAUUAAUUUUACCCUUUGCAUUUUUGCUCCAGUGGACAAGAGAACAAAACUAAAUUGUUUAAUUAGUAUUGCACUUGUCUCCUGUUUACCUUGUUUCUGACACUAAAUAAAACUCAAAUCAUGUACGAA